GUCCAGGUCCCCGAAGACCCUGUGGUGGCCCUGGUGGGCAGCGAUGCCACCCUGCGCUGCUCCUUCUCGCCCGAGCCCGGCUUCAGCCUGGCGCAGCUCAACCUCAUCUGGCAGCUGACGGACACCAAACAGCUGGUGCACAGCUUCGCCGAGGGCCGGGACCAGGGCAGCGCCUACGCCAACCGCACGGCGCUCUUCCCGGACCUGCUGGCCCAGGGCAACGCGUCCCUGAGGCUGCAGCGCGUGCGCGUGGCGGAUGAGGGCAGCUUCACCUGCUUUGUGAGCAUCCGGGACUUCGGCAGCGCCGCGGUCAGCCUGCAGGUGGCGGCGCCCUACUCGAAGCCCCGCAUGACGCUGGAGCCCAACAAGGACCUGCGGCCUGGGGACACGGUGACCAUCACGUGCUCCAGCUACCGGGGCUAUCCGGAGGCCGAGGUGUUCUGGCAGGACGGGCAGGGCGCACCCUUGACGGGCAACGUGACCACGUCGCAGAUGGCCAACGAGCAGGGCUUGUUCGACGUGCGCAGCGUGCUGAGGGUGGUGCUG